AACAAAUAGCCUCCUUUGAUACUCAAUUUGUACAUGAAGAGAAAGAUUUGGACUUUUCAUUAAUAACUGGUGCACUCGGUGAACUUUUACAGAAUAAAUAUUCAAUUCUUAGUCCAACCAAAUUAAUUGGUUUGGCCUCAAAAGGCAUUCCAAAAGUUGUGGAAAAUAGAAUAGAUUCAAAACAGGUUAAGAAAAAUAAAGAACUUAAGCGCAUAUGUGAAGAUUUCAUUUUUGAUAGUUCAAAAGCAGCAAUUGAACCUUUGUCCUCUUUUUUAGUGAAGGUAUCAGCUUUUAGAUUAAGAAAUGAUCUUAAGGCAGUUCAUCAUCAAACUUUGUUAAAGAAUCAAAAAUUUGCACAGCCUG